AUGCAGUUACAAACCAGAAAUCUGAGCUUCGAACAGGUGUACGAUCCUGAAGUGAUUCGCUUCACGCAUUUACAAAACGGGCUAACAUGGAGACCAGAAUUCAUGACCUUGGACGAAUACGCGGAGCGUGAAAGAAUCAUAGGAAGCAGCGAAAUUUCAACCAAAGAUAAAUGCCAGAAAAUGGCGGAAAGAUUUCCAGGUGCCAGCAGGUAUCUUGGCAUGAAAUACUUCGUUUUGAAAGAUCUAAGCUUGCCCGUGACAUCCAAAACCUCACAAAUUGUUUCCAGCUGUGAGACUCUGAACAGAGUUGGCUGGAGUGUGACGCCAGAAUCUAAAGGUGUGAUCGAACCGGUCUUAAGUGUAUGCAUCGGAGGGGUCUUCACCAUCCCGGAAUUUCGCGGUCAAGGAUACGGGGCUGAAAUGAUUACUAAGGUAAACCAACUAUUUGAUGAACUCUCUGAUACGCCUGGUGCUCCCGAUCUACUAAAAAACAUAGUAAUUUUCCUUUACAGUGAAGUGGGUGAAUAUUACGCCAAGUUUGGCUAUGGCUCACGCCCGGCUCCGUUGCACACUAUAGAAGAGCUGGAUACGGUCUUGAAACAUUACUGCAGAGGCCAGGAGGAACGAGACAGCAACAGAGUUGUUGGGCUUGAGGGAUGUGACCGGCUAAUUGCGUUGCAAAAAGAGAACUUUGCUAAUAGUUUGAAAGAAAUUCAUUUGGCUAAUCCCAACGCUUUUGUUUUCACAUUAGAACCUUCCAACGCAAUAUUCGAAUGGUUCCAUCGAAGGUCUUUGUAUCAAAAGAAGUUUCUCGAUCCAGCGGGCUCUGCGAAUUUUGGAUAUGCUUUGGAAAAUGGAAAUCACAUUAUAUGGCAUUUAAACUAUUGGCCCCAUCAAAGGUCUCUAUAUGUGCUGAAGCUACACAUCAGUGACGACACGACUGACAAAGAAGGAGAUAUGCAAAAGCUUAUAGCACAGGCAAUUUGCGAGGCCAAAGAUAAUGAUGUCAAGUACUUGCAGUUUUGGGAUACCGAGCUUGGCCAUCAGGAAUGGAGUAAACCACUUUUGACUUUCUUGAAAAAAGUUGAGAAGCCCUCAAAUUUGUACCAGGAAAACCCGUCCAGAAGUGCUAUCAGAAUUGCAAAUGUGAAGAACGAAGAUAUUAUUUGGGACAACAACUCCAAAUUUUGCUGGUUUUAA